AAUGAAGAUCAUGCGCAAGUACGAGAAGAUUUCUCCUGAUUACCUGCCUCCCGGCCUGCCACCCGAACGACCACACGAUCACAAAAUUGGGUUGGAACCUAGCGCGCAACCGACCGUCCGAUCGCAAUGGCGUCUGAGUCAACAAGAGCUGAUGGAGCUGCGUACGCAACUGGAUUAUCUGCUACAGAAAAAGCUUAUCAGACCAUCCACGUCACCCUACACCGAGCCGAUUCUCUUCACCCAAAAAGGAUGGAGGUCUACGGAUGAGCUAGAAUUCCUGGGCCACAUCAUCUCGACCGAAGGCGUUAAAAUUGACCAGAAAAAGAUCGACACAAUUCACAAUUGGGAACCGCCUACAAACGUCAAGGAGUUGCAAAGUUUUCUGGGGUUCGUCAACUACGUGCGCUGCUUUAUCCCAAACAUGGCGGAGUCCACAGCCCCAUUAACCGACUUGCUUCAUAAGGGAUUUUUUUAUGAGUGGGGGGAGAGGCAGCAAGCUGCGUUUGACCAACAAAAAACUUUCCUCGUGGCACCACCCGUUCUUCGUAUCGCCGAUCCCGACCGCCCAUACGAACUGGUUAGGGAUGCCAGCGACAUUGCCGUUGGCGCGGUAAAAUACAGGGCUUUGGCGAAGGCCUGGAACCAAUCGCCUACGAGUCACGGAAACUCCAAGGCGCUGAACGGAAUUACCCGGUUCAUGACAAGGAGAUGCUUGCGAUCGUCAAUGCUUUCAAGACCUGGUGCUGCUACCUAUCCGGUGACGACGUUACUGUCCGAACAGGCCACAAGUCCCUAUAAUUCCUCCGAGCCCAACCGACCCUCAAUCCACGACAGAUUCGUUGGCUCGAAUAUCUCGAGUCCAAUUUCCACUACCGCAUCACCUACAAGAAGGGGGCAAAUAACGUUGCCGAUGCCCUUUCCCGCCCUACUGCCCAUACAGCGUACGCACACACACGUGUUCAUAGACUUUAUGACAGGACUGCCGGGCGGUGCAUCCCAAAAUGAUGCUGUACUCGUGGUCGUAGACCGACUCAUGAAAAUGGCUCAUUUCGCGCCAUGCCGAACGACGAUCACAGCCGAGCAAACCGCCAAGCCGCUCAUCUCAACCGUCGUUCACCUGCACGGAAUCCCAAAGGCGAUCGUGAGCGAUCGUGACCCCCGAUUCACAUCCAACUUCUGGACGAAAAUGUGGGAACAGUACGGUACACGUCUCCAUCUACUCACAGCUUACCACCCACUGACCGACGGCCAGACUGAACGGACAAAUCAGACAAUGGAGCAGCUGAUACGGACAACCUGUACCGACUCGACCCAAUGGGAAGAUUCUCUUCCCCUAAUCGAGUUCGCAUAUAACAACGCCCCUUCGUCAACGACUGCCCAAUCACCGUUCUACCUGAAUUACGGUCUAAACCACACGACCCCCACUACACCGUUAAUUGAGAGCCCUGCCCCACGAUCGCAAAAGUUUGUCAAGGACUUACAGACAGCAGAGAAAAACGCUACCGAGGCUAUUUCAAAAGCCAACCUUACGGCCAAACGGUACGCGGACAGGCAUCGACGGAAUUUACCCUUGUUUCCUGGGCAACUAGUCCUCCUGGACACCAAGAACUUGGGGCUGAGUUUACCACAUAAACUCCGCCUGAGAUUUUGUGGACCCUUCCGCAUUGCGUAGGAUCCCCUGCUUUGUGUAGUCUUGG